GGGAUCUGUGACCCACAUUCUCCAGAGGUAGUCCAAGGAGUGAGUGAGGGGGGUUCCCCCUCCCCACAACCCAGCACUGAAAGUGAGAAGAAACAUCUGUGUGGGUGUGUAGGCAGAGAGUCUGAAAUAGCCACAUGCAGUCUGCAGAGACUGCCCUUAUCCUGGUGCAGGUACAGAGGAAUGUAUUCUGAGCAACCAAGGAAGAGACAGCUGGUGGCCUAAAGGGGCCAUGCAACUGGAACAAGGCAGGCAUCACUUUGAUCUGCUGAUCAACCAAAAGCAAGAUGGGAUUGAGGACUUCUUAGUAGACGCCAGUGAGUAUAAGGCAUAGAUGUUGAAAGGGGAAAGGAGAAGAAAGAAAAGAAACCUGGAGUGAAAGUGGAGUGCUGUCAUUGCUGGUAGGGAGACUCUUUAACAGGACUGGUUAACAUCUUGACAGAUAUCAUUUGGCGAUUCACUGGAGAUUUUAUGGCACCUGAUCUCGUUUGCCGAGUGGUCCGCUAUCUGCAGGUUGUGCUGCUCUAUGCCUCUACCUAUGUCCUGGUGUCCCUCAGCAUAGACAGAUACCAUGCCAUCGUCUACCCCAUGAAGUUCCUGCAAGGAGAAAAGCAAGCCAAGGUCCUCAUCAUGAUUGCCUGGACCCUCUCUUUCCUCUUCUCCAUUCCCACCCUGAUCAUAUUUGGAAAAAGGAAACUCUCUAAUGGUGAAGUACAGUGCUGGGCACUGUGGCCUGACGACUCCUACUGGACCCCAUACAUGACCAUCGUGGCCUUCCUGGUGUAUUUCAUCCCUCUGACAAUCAUCAGUGUCAUCUAUGCCAUUGUGAUCAGAACCAUUUGGAUUAAGAGCAAAGCCCACGAGACUGUGAUCUCCAACUGCUCCGAUGGAAAGCUGUGCACCAGUUACAACCGAGGGCUCAUCUCAAAGGCAAAAAUCAAGGCCAUCAAGUAUAGCAUUGUCAUCAUUCUCGCCUUCAUCUGCUGUUGGAGUCCAUACUUCCUCUUCGACAUGUUGGACAAUUUCAGUCUCCUUCCAGACACCGAGGAGCGCUUCUAUGCCUCUGUGAUCAUUCAGAACCUGCCAGCUUUGAAUAGUGCCAUCAACCCACUUAUCUAUUGUGUCUUCAGCAGCUCCAUCUGUUUUCCCUAUGGGCAGCAAACAUCACGGGAUUCCAGAAUGACAUUCCGGGAGAGAACCGUGAGGCACGAGAUGCAGGUUCUAUCCAAGCCAGAAUUUAUCUAGACUCUGGGACAGUAGUAUGGCUAGUCUGAGCCCCAUCAGCAGUGCUGGGUCUGUCUCCACCUUGGGCACGUGCAUGGAACUUCUCCAUUCUGCUCCUUUGCACAAAGCAAACAUCCCAAUGAGUGUGUAUCUCUUACAUCAGCAAGUAUUGGCUAAUGUGAAGUCACCAACUGUUCAUGUCAGCCAGGAAAGAUGCUCCCUCCUCCCCAUGACUCCCAGCCCUCCUUCCCACUGGUCAGCACCAGAACCCAAUGAACAGAGACAUCUCUGGCCCAGGAUCAAGCUUAGGCAAGCAGAGGGGACUAAAGAAGCAUACUCAUGCUACGAGAGUCUUCUAAUUACAACUUCGGAUGUAAAUAAAAGACUUGUUAAAGCUUAGAUUGUCCCCCCAUCUUUGGAUUGGCUGUUUAGUAGUUGUAGCCCAGAAGAUAUCUGUCCUCAAAAUGCCAACAAAUUCAUUUCCAGGCAUGGGUACUUUGUGUCUCCUCUGCAGAUAGCCUUGGUUUGUAGUUGGGUGUGUUGGCAGGAAUCAACCUCACAGUACUGUUGUAUGAACAAAUGAUUUGUCAAAAGAACCCAAUGCUGGCCUUCCAGAGGAAAGUUAUAAUCGAAGUGUGCUUUCACUGAUGGGGAAAAAAAAACAACACUAAAAAAUCAUGGGCCCCAGAUUUCCAGUCUCUGAGAGUUGGGACCUAGGUCUCACAUAUCUGAGGCUCUCUGAAGGCCCCUCCCUUUGCAUUCAACAUUUGGGCCACUCUGGGCUCUGUUCCUCAUGUCGCAGGGACACUUCUUUCCCUUCCAUGAACCCUCUCUCGUUAGCUGGGAGCUGAAUUCCUGUGGCUUUUCUAGGCGUGGUCCCAGAAGCUCUAUCAUUUUUGCAUAUCAUAGCCAUUGUCUAUCUAACACCUCGGCCAGAAAGUGCUGGUGGGGUUUAUUUUGACAAGUCUGGAGUUUGGUAUUUAUAAGCAUAAUCCAAGUGAAAUAUGACUAAAUGUUUUCUAGUCAAUUUUUGCCAUCAGAUUUUUUCGUAAGUGGAAAUGGCAUAAUUUAAUUUGAUUAUAUAUACACCCCACCCACGGCUGUGGAAUGUGCGUGAACUCCUUAUUUUUAGCCUCACAUACAUUCUUGACAUUAAAAUCUCCUUGGCAAAAUCCUCCUUCCCAGAAUUAUUCUGAGCUUAAGUCUUUUUUUUUUCUUGGCCUACUGCUAGUGGAGUCAUUAAAAUGUGCAGUAUAUUUUAAUAGCACUCCAUUCCUCAUUAUGGUGUCAGCCCAGCAACUGCAUGUUUAAGGUCACAGUGGCAUUUUUCCCGCAAACUCUCUUAUCAAUUCUGUCUGACCUUAGGGAAAGUAUCUCCUUGGGCAGAAAUCAAACUCUUCAGUCACUAUCUCUCUGAGAAUAAUUCUCUGAAUUGAGUAGCCUGAAUAAUCUAGUUUAUGUCUACACAAUGGUUUUGAAGACUGCCUCCCCUUCUGUCCAAUCAGCUAAAUGUGAGCAACCCUGAACACUUUGAGCGGCUGAGAAGUACUUUUCAACAUUUCAUUCUCAAUCAAGAUGUGCCACAAAAGAAAAGACCCACAGAAUUGUUGCUAAAAUCGCUGCCUGCAUGGAAGCCAAUUAACAGAGCAAAAUCUGGCAGGUGUCCAGGAUGGCAAAAUAGGAGGCCUGGGUUCUCCUGACAGAUGCUUUCAAUCUCUGUCGAGUCCUGGUCUGCAAAAGAUAUUAGAUGUCUACCUCAUCUGUCAGUGGAGUCUGACAGUGAAGGAGAGAGUAGAGUGAGGGGCUGUGUGCUCUUUAGAAACUGGGAAUGUGAUUUUGUAGUUGUUGUAAUGCGGUGUAUCUCAUUCCCUGAGAA